UUCCAAAUCGUUCGGAUGUAUAUUUUUUAAAAAUUAAAUUUUUAUAAAUUAAAAUUAUUCACAUAAAAUAAAUAAUAAUUAUUAUCCUGCCUUAAAAUGUUCGUUUUAUACGAAACACCGGCAGGUUAUGCUAUAUUUAAGAUUCUGGAUGAGAAGAAAAUAAAAGAAGUUGAUAACUUAUAUCUUGAAUUUUCAACACCAGAGAAAGCAAAUAAAUUGUUAAAACUUAAACAUUUUGAAAAAUUUAAUGACACCACCGAAGCCUUGGCUGCAGCAACAGCUGCUGUAGAAGGAAAAAUUGCCAAGCCUUUAAAGAAGACUCUUAAAAAGUUGUUUGGUGAAGAUGUUCAACAAUCUCUUAUGGUUGCUGAUGCAAAACUUGGAAGUGCUAUUAAAGACAAGUUUGCUGUGCAAUGUGUAUACAAUACUGGUGUUCAGGAGCUCAUGCGUUGCAUCAGAACCCAAUCCGAUAGUCUUUUGAGUGGUUUGCCUAAAAAAGAAAUGACCGCUAUGGCCUUGGGUCUGGCUCAUUCACUUUCAAGAUACAAGCUAAAAUUCUCUCCUGACAAAAUUGACACAAUGAUUGUUCAAGCUCAAUGUCUGCUGGAUGAUUUAGACAAAGAGUUGAACAAUUAUAUUAUGAGAGCAAGAGAAUGGUAUGGUUGGCAUUUCCCUGAACUUGGAAAGAUUAUCACCGACAAUGUGUCUUUUGUGAAAACAAUUAAACUUGUUGGAACUAGGGAGAAUAUGUCCAAAAUGGAUUUAUCUGAUAUCCUUCCUGAAGAUAUUGAAGCAAGUGUGAAAGAAGCUGCUGAAAUUUCAAUGGGAACUGAAAUCUCUGAAGAGGAUAUAAUGAAUAUUCAAGCACUUUGCGACGAAAUCAUUUCCAUCGAUUCCUACAGAACACAUUUGUAUGACUAUUUGAAAACACGUAUGAUGGCAAUGGCACCCAAUCUAACAGUUCUUGUUGGUGAGACUGUUGGAGCAAGGCUUAUUGCACAUGCUGGUUCCUUAAUCAACUUAGCUAAGCAUCCCUCAUCUACACUUCAAAUUUUGGGAGCAGAAAAGGCACUUUUCAGAGCUCUUAAAACUAAAAAAGACACUCCAAAAUAUGGUUUGAUCUUCCAUGCUCAGUUAGUUGGACAAGCCAGUUUGAAAAACAAAGGUAAAAUGUCAAGAUCCUUGGCUGCAAAGGCUUCGCUAGCAACCAGAGUUGAUGCGUUUGGCGAAGAGGCCACGUUUGAAACUGGUGUUGCACACAAAGUUAAGUUAGAAGCUCGUUUGAGGCUUUUGGAAGAAGGCAAUUUACGUAAAUUAUCAGGAACUGGUAAAGCAAAGGCUAAAUUUGAAAAAUACCAAGUUAAAAGUGAGGUGCUUACUUAUCGUACAGAAGAUGAUAGUACACUGGGUGUUAAGAAAAGGAAACAUUCAGAAGCCGAAGCUGAUGUUUCGGUUAAAAAAGAAGAACCAAUGGAUGAAGGAGAAGAAGAGACAACAGUAUCCAAACCCAAAAAGAAGAAGAAGAAGAAGCAAAAGAGCGAAAGUGAAAAUAACUGAAGAAGAAUUGAAAUCUAAAAAAAGUUAUUUUUUGCUAGAAACUUUUGUUUUAGUUUGUAACUACUUUAUUUUUUAAGUAAAUACAUACAAAUAAAUAUUGAAAAGACUGUUUUUUAAA